AUGUUCCCAUUCACUUCAUCUGCAGCUAGUACUGCCCCAUCACAGCCUGCAUUUGGGAACCCAAAUCCUGCUUUUCCAUUUGGUUCCUCGGGUAAUAAUGAUCAAAUGAACUUUGUAGACAGCAUGGCUGAAGACACUAAUCAGGCAUCUACGCCUACAGUCCCAGUAUUUGGUCAGCAGCCUGUGUUUGGUCAACAGCCUGUGUUUGGUCAACAGCCUGUUUCAAACCCACAGUCUGGCUAUGUAUUUGGAUCUGCACCUGCAGUCCCAGCGGCGAAUCCCUUCCAAUUUUCAAGUCAACAGAAUCUAGCCAACCCACAGAACCCUUCACCAUUUCAGGCUUCGGGUAGUUUGGGAGCAAGUCAAGGGGGCAGCUUCUCAUUGGGCACUGGUGGUGACAAGUCUAACCGAAGAAUAGUGAAGGUUAAACACAACAGGCAGCGGAAGAAGUAA